AUGACUAAUACAUCAAGAGGACCAUAUAAAAAGUAUUUGGUCGACAUUGUAGAAGAAAUACCUGUUCCAAUUUCCAAUGAACUUUCUAAUAAUGAAAAUACGAGGAAUCAUGAUAUCCAAGACAAUGAUGAUUCUACUAUUGAUAUUGAAGAAUAUAGUAAUCAAUUCCAAGUUAAUGCAAUUAGAAUUGACAGUGACAAUGAGACAAUUGUAAGCAGAAGAAGCUUAGAAAAAUCAAACAGCAGUCAAGUUGAUUCUGACUUCUCCAGUAAAAAUGAGAAUGAUUUAGAAGAAAAUUAUCUUAAUUAUUCUGAAGAUGAAAACAGUGAUAAUUAUAAUAAUGACAAUGUAGAUAUUCACAAAAAUAAAAGCGACAGUGAAAGUAAUGAAGACAACGAAGAAUAUGAGAAUCAAAUACAGGAUAUAAUACGGGUUCCCAUAUAUGAAGGAUGUAAUUUGACCAAAGAAGAAAGCCAAUUAUUAAUUAUAGGAACAGCUAUUCGAAACAAAAUGACGGACGUAGGACUGGAAACUUUACUUAAAAUUGUAGAUUGCCAUUUGCCACAUACGCAAUACAAUUCGAAGUAUCAUUUUCUUAAAACGUUUCCAAAGGUACAAGCUAAUAUAUAUUACUUUUGUCCAAAAUGUUUAAUAAUAUUGAAGUUUGAAAACUGCAACAGAGUGGAAUGCAAAAAUUGCGAAAAAAUUUACAAUCGUCGUCGAUUGCAAAGACAAUUUAAUUAUUUUUAUCAUCUUCCAUUGAAGGAACAAUUAAUAGAACUAGUAAACACAAAGUUAUUUACAUAUUUUAGAAAAAUGUCAUAUGAAAGCGAUGUUAUAAAUGGAAACAUAUAUUAUCAGUUGAGAGAAAAAAUAUUAUUUCUGAUCAAGACAUUAGUAUUCAAUGGAAUACAGAUGGCGUAGAAAUAUUUAAUUCGUCAAAAUAUUCUAUAUGGCCUAUCCAAGUAUCUAUUAACGAAUUACCUUAUAGAAUUAGACGUGAUAAUAUUUUACUUUGUGUGGAUUAUGGUUCAAUUCUGAGAAACCACCUAUGGAACUUUUUCUUAGACCAUUUAUAGACGAACUUCUUGAGUUACAUAUUAAUGGAAUUGAAUGUAAUACAUUCAACCAUCAAGAACCUAUAUUGAUUAAAGUUCAUACGCUUUUCUCACCAGUUGAUUCAGUUGCUCGACCUUUGAUUCAAAAUAUUAAACAAUUUAAUGGAAAAUAUGGAUGCUCUUAUUGUCUUAAUAAAGGAGAACACAUUGCUAUUGGAGGGGGUACACACGAGUAUAUCCAGGUGGUAAGGGAGUAAUGCGUACGAUAACAAAACAUAACAUAUAUGUUGAAAGGGCAGUUGAAAAACGGAAAGCAGUAAAAGGUGUUAAGGGGCCUUCUAUUACAA